AUAACAAUUAAUAGUUUUUUGGUAAUUAAGUUGAGAAAAAAGUGGCAUAUAUUUCAAUUACUAUUCAGUUUGCAUAUAAGUUAUCUACCUUAGAACUACAGAUUCAAUGCAACAAGUGAGGUUGAGAGAAAACGAAAGACCUAGGAAUGCUGUGGCUGAGGUCGAGCUGAGCAUCGCCGGGACCGAACUCUCCGCCGUCAGGCGCCGCCUUAAUAACCUGUCCGAAGUCUCGGAAGGUCUCCGGAGUAGCUUCGAUGGGGUUCAGCCUCCACACAGCCGGAGAAGCAGCCAAUCACAGCGGCGGCGAGAGGGCGGCGGCGGUUCUGUGUCUCUGUUUUCCGGCGACAGAGCUACCGCAGCACUUCCUCGGCUUCGGCUCUGUUCUGGGUUCCUCUCUUUUCUCCUUUUCCGCUACCCCGUAUGUGGUUACUUCCCCAGGCGUGUAUGCGUAGUCUCAGACACUCCAAUCGUCUACGCCAGUGAUGGGAAUCAGGAGAUCGAGCAACUUUCCCCAAAUUGCCAUGGCAAUGAAGGUGAGAUUGUGGCAGCCGUGAUGCCUGAUUCCGAGGAAGAAGACGAACCAUCUGAAGCUUUGAUGGCCCCAAGCUCUGAGUUCGUGUGUGUUAGAAAUCAUGCAUGUGACAGCUUCCUAAAGCUUAUGUUCCCAGGCUGGGAUUCACCCAAGUAUGAAUAUCUUUUCCCAAUUUACUGCUUGUCUUAACAUGUGUUGUUGUUUUGAGCAUGCUCCGAUGAAGUGUUGUUGUUUACUCUGGAGUAUGUUGUUAAAUUGUGCACUUCUGGUAUCUUACCCCU